AUGAUAACAGAAUCGUGUCGUUCUGUUUUUUUUACUAUUUCAUUGAAUGGUGCGUAUUGAAUUUGCCGUAAAAAAUUGAUCAAAGUUGUGAAAUUUAAAUAGAUUCCUUGCAAUCCAAUCUGGUUAAAAACUCGAAUUCGUCGUCAAAAUGACGAAAACACGAUUCAACACUUACGAUGUGGUCUGUUCGGUGACGGAACUUCAAAAGCUCGUCGGCAUGCGUGUCAAUCAGAUCUACGACAUCGACAACAAAACAUACCUGAUCAGACUAGCCCGGAACGAGGAGAAAGUGGUGCUCCUACUGGAAUCCGGCAAUCGAUUCCAUAAAACCGUCUUCGAGUGGCCCAAGAAUGUGGCCCCGUCCGGAUUCACGAUGAAGCUGCGAAAACACUUGAAGAACAAGCGCCUGGAGAGCCUCCGCCAGCUGGGGGUGGAUCGCAUUGUGGAUUUUCAGUUCGGUGUUGGCGAGGCGGCUUAUCACAUAAUUUUGGAACUGUACGACAGGGGAAACAUUCUGCUGACGGAUUGCGAGCUGACGAUCUUGAAUAUUCUGCGUCCGCAUGUGGAGGGGGAAGAGCUGCGGUUUGCGGUCAGGGAAAAGUAUCCCACCGACCGAGCUAAGGAGGAUAGGGGACCGCCUUCGAUGGAGAUGCUGCGGGCGGCGAUUGGGAAGGCCAAACCGGGUGAUACUCUGAGGACGGUUUUGAAUCCGGUUCUAGAGUACGGGUCGUCCGUUAUCGAUCAUGUGUUGCACAAAUAUGGGUUGAAUGGAUGUAGAAUUGGCGGAGAGCUUCCUGCGGAAGCUGGCGAGCAGCCUAAGAAGGCCAAAAAGAAACAGAAGGCAAUUGUGAAAGAAUUCUCGAAGGUUUUCGACCCGGAGACCGACAUGACGGCGCUGAUGUGCGCCGUCAAUGACGCCGAAUCCAUGCUGAGGAAGGCGAUGAAAGAACCGUCGCCUGGAUUUAUUAUUCAGAAGAAAGAGUUGAAGCCCGCCAAGGAAGGUGAACCAGAAGAGUUCUAUCUCACAAAUUUGGAAUAUCAUCCGUUUUUGUACAAUCAGUACAAGAAUGAUCCGGUGAAGGAGUUCGAGAGCUUCACUGCGGCGGUUGAUGAGUUCUAUUCGACUCUGGAGGGUCAAAAGAUCGAUUUGAAGGCUUUUGCCCAAGAGAGGGAAGCACUGAAGAAGUUGUCCAACGUUAAAACAGAUCACGCGAAACGAAUCGAGGAGCUGACGAAGGCUCAGCUGGGAGACCGCAAGAAGGCGGAGCUGAUCACUCGCAAUCAGAAGCUUGUGGAUAGCGCUCUGUUGGCGGUGCAGAGCGCGCUAGCGGCGCAAAUGUCUUGGUCCGAUAUUCAGGAUUUGGUGAAGGCGGCACAAGCAAAUCAUGAUCCGGUCGCCUCAGUUAUCAAACAACUGAAACUGGAGAUCAACCACAUUUCACUUAUGCUGAAAGAUCCUUACGCCGCGUUGGAUGAUGAAGACGAAGACGAUAACGAGGAUCGCGAAGACGACGAAGGAAAGCUCGAACCGAUGGUUGUUGACGUUGAUCUUGCGCUGACGGCUUUCGCGAAUGCUCGGCGUUACUACGAUCAGCGUCGGCAUGCCGCUCGGAAGGAACAGAAAACGAUAGAGUCCUCGUCGAAAGCUUUGAAGAACGCCGAGAAAAAGACUAUCCAAACGCUGAAGGAUGUGCGCACGCAGACGACGAUUUCCAAGGCUCGGAAGGUUUACUGGUUCGAGAAGUUUUAUUGGUUCAUCAGCUCGGAAAACUACUUGGUGAUUGGUGGCAGGGAUCAGCAGCAGAACGAGCUGCUUGUGAAGCGCUACAUGAGACCCACUGAUAUCUAUGUGCACGCGGAGAUUCAGGGCGCCUCGAGUGUGGUAAUUAAGAAUCCGGCCGGAGGAGAGAUUCCACCCAAAACACUGCUUGAAGCUGGAACGAUGGCCAUAUCCUACAGUGUGGCGUGGGAUGCGAAGGUGGUGACCAGCGCUUACUGGGUGAAGAGUGAGCAAGUCAGCAAGACAGCACCGACGGGAGAAUAUUUGACGACCGGCAGCUUCAUGAUUCGAGGCAAAAAGAAUUUCCUGCCGCCGUGUCAUUUGGUGCUGGGGCUGAGUUUCAUGUUCAAGCUGGAGGAGAGUUCCGUCGAGCGACAUAAGGGAGAACGCAGAGUUCGAACUUUCGAUGAGGAAUCGGUUUCUGGUAAAGACGACCGAUCAGAAAUCUCCGAAAUGCCUGAUCAGGAAAUCGAACUGGAGGACGGCGAGUCGGAUCACGAGAAAGGUGAUGUCGAGGACAUCGAAGCAGUGGAAGAACUUGCGGAGAAAGUUGAUACAGUUUGUCUGAAAAAAGACAAUAAAUCAUCGGAUACAGAGUCAGAUCAGUCCGAUGACGACGACGGUGACGAAAAAACUCCAAAAUUCCCUGACACUCAUGUAAAGGUGGAGCACGACACGGGCAUAGUUUCUGUCCGAACGGAUCCGACUGUGCGCAGAUUGACAUCCGACGCGGAUUCGAUCGUUACCACUCUCGGGGACAACCAACCCUACAUAAUUCAACCUGCGCCUCCCAGAUUGAAGCAGGUUCAGAAGAGCAAACAGAAGGCCAAGGAGAAGGCGCGAGUGCGCGAGGAGGCUGCCGCUCGGAACCAGAGACAAGCAGCGGAAGCCCAGAAACAUGGUCAGCCGAAGCGUGGACAGAAAGCCAAAAUGAGAAAAAUCAAAGAAAAGUACGGUGACCAGGACGAGGAAGAUCGCAAGCUGAUGAUGGACAUUCUGAAAUCAGCCGGAAACACUAAGCAAAUCCAGAUACAGGAAGAGGCCGCCGCUGCUGACCAGAAGAAGUAUCCCGGUAAGAAGCCAACCCCACGCGUUAAGCAAGGAGAAGCCGAGGAAAUGGUUGAUGACACGCCGGCUGCCGCUGAUGUUGAUAUGCUUGACUCACUGACCGGAUUGCCAGUGGAGGAAGAUGAACUGCUGUUUGCCAUUCCGGUUGUCGCCCCGUACCAAUCACUGCAUAGCUAUAAAUUCAAAGUGAAGCUUACGCCCGGAACGGGUAAGCGAGGCAAAGCAAGCAAGACGGCACUGCAGAUUUUCCUCAAGGAUAAACAGUGCACGAACCGCGAGAAGGAUCUUCUGAAGGCGGUGAAGGAUGAGUCGCUCGCUAGGAACAUCCCUGGAAAGGUUAAAAUUUCGGCUCCCCAGUUGCAGAAGGUUAGGAAGUGAUUUGAUUCAUUGAUGCAGGAAAACAUCGAACUUAAUUGAUACUACAUGUUAAACAGAGAUAUAUGUUAUGCACUUAUGAUAAUUAGAAAUAGAAAAUAUAUAUAUUUGAAAUUUCUAUUCUA